AUGGACCAAAAAGAAAUUACCAAAACCAUCAGUGCUGGUGAGCGUCGUGCACAAGCUCUCGCUCAUCUUGAUGAUGCCAAGCUUGGCUGGUUUCACAUGCGUGCUGUUCUUGUAUCUGGUGUCGGAUUUUUCACUGAUGCUUAUGAUAUUUUUGUCAUCUCUCAGGCUAUUGGUAUGAUUGAAAAAAUAUGGUAUCCCAAAAUCAGCUUUGGUUCGGAUCCCUACUGGAAGCACAUUGAUGCACUUAUCAAAGCAUCCACUUCGUGGGGUAACCUUAUUGGUCAACUCGGCUUUGGUUACCUUGGUGACAAGCUUGGUCGUAAGCAAAUGUACGGUAUUGAGCUGAUCAUCAUGAUUGUAUGCACAAUUGGUUCUGCCUUUUCUGCUUCUUCUCUUCGUGGUAUCGAUAUCCUUACUGUUCUUGGCAUAUGGCGAUUCUUUCUUGGUAUCGGUAUCGGUGGAGACUACCCCAUGUCCGCCAUUAUAACUUCAGAAUUUGCCAACGUGCGCUACCGUGGUAUGAUGAUGUCUGCCGUAUUUGCCAUGCAAGGCAUUGGUAUUCUUGUUGGUGGUAUUGUCACUGUUGUUACUCUUUCCGCCUUCGAGUCUAGCAUACGUCAAGACAUUAUGUACCUCGACUAUGUCUGGCGUAUUAUGCUUGGUUUUGGUGUCAUUCCUGCCAUGUUUGCUGUCUAUUUCCGUCUUACUAUUCCCGAAACUCCUCGUUAUACUGUCGAUGUACUUGGUGACGAGGAAGCUGCCGAACGCGACGUGUCCAAAGUUCUCGAGAUGAACACCAGUGCCAAUGUUACUUCUUCAUGGGUUGCUACCAAAGACUCCAAUGAGGUUUCUCAACCUGUUCAGGUCAAAGAGAAUACGUUUGCCGACUUCAAAUCCCACUUUGGGCAAUGGAAGAACUUCAAGGUUCUAUUUGGAUGUGCAUAUUGUUGGUUUGCGCUUGAUAUUGCCUGGUAUGGUCUCUCCAUUAAUCAGUCGGUUAUUCUCACUGCUAUCAACUAUGGUGGUUCCAAUACCAAGAUUGUAUACGAACAGUUUUUCCAAAAGUCUAUCGGAUAUAUCAUUAUUGCACUGAUGGGAACUGUACCAGGCUACUGGGUAACUGUUGCCACUGUUGAAAAGCUUGGCCGUAAACCCAUUCAGUAUCUCGGAUUCGCUGUCAUCACAGUGUGCUUGAUCAUUCUCGCUGCUGGAUGGCAAUACAUGCUGACCAACACCACUGUCUUUAUUGUUAUUUACACCAUUGCUCAAUUCUUUUUCAAUUUUGGUCCCAACACUACUACCUUUGUUAUUCCUGGUGAAGUUUUCCCAACUCGUUGGAGAUCGACUGGUCAUGGUAUUUCCGCUGCUACUGGUAAACUUGGAGCCAUUAUCGGUGUUCAGGCCGUUACUCCAUACUUUUCUCAGGCCCCUCAAGCCGUGCUUUACACCUUUGCUGUUGUCAUGGCCACUGGUUUCGUUGCCACCUAUCUUGUUCCCGAGACUAAGGGCAAAACUUUGGAAGAGCUUUCCAACGAAGAUGAUGUUGUCAUUCAUGCUUGA